AUGCUCCAUGUCUGGAAGGUUUCAGGUGACGAGCUGGUUGCCAUACCCGUGGAAGAGCUGAGCAACGUGCGCAUUUUGAAGCAACGCCUGCAGACGCUAUGUGGCCUCGCACGUUUCAGGCAGAGGCUCCUAGUGGACAGCGCGACACUGGCAGACAACGCCAUCUUGGAUUGCCUGAAUGUUCAGCUGGUCCUGCUUCCUUUUGCCGAUGUCUCCGCAGAGCAGCAGCCCGAGCUAACAAUCGCAGCUGCUGGUGGCUUCGUCGAGGAUGUGGAAGAGAUGUUACAGGAACCUCGCGAUCCAGACAUCGCCUUUUGCGGCUUCACGGCCAUGCAUGCCGCAUGCGAGCAUGGUCAUACCGGCGUUGUGCGCUUGCUGCUGGAGGCUGAUGCUGAUAAAGACAAGAGCGACCGCCAUGGUAGAACACCUCUCUGGCUGGCAUCGCAAGAUGGCCAUAGCGAGAUUGUGCGCUUGCUUUUAGAGUCUGGUGCCAAGAAGGACCACAAAGACCACUACAAGCGAACACCACUUUGGGUUGCAUCUUUGCGAGCCCAUCUCGAGGUUGUAAAGUUGCUGUUAGAUUCUGGUGCUGACACGAACAUCGGCGACACCUAUGGAAGAACACCUCUUUGGGAAGCAGCCCAAAGUGGGCACACGGAGGUGGUCCGUUUAUUGUUACAGGCCCAUGCGGUCACAGAUGAUUGGGGCGAUAUUUACCACAGAACACCUCUCUGCGAGGCAGCUCAGAAUGGGCAUGCGACAAUCGUCCGCUUGUUGCUGGAGGCUGGCGCGGAGAAGGACCAAGGUGACUUUUUCGGUAGCACGCCCCUUUCGCUCGCAACUGAUCAUUCUCACCCAGAUGUUGUUUGUCUGCUGUCGGACAGUGGAAGCACCGCGACAGCCCAUAAAGGGGCCAGUUGA